CAAUGCCAAGCCUUCUGACAGGAAAGAAUCAACGCCAAUACCGUGUUUCUCAGAUUAUUCCUUUCCCCCAUGAGAGAUAAACCAUUGCUCAGGUUCAUCCGACUUCCCUCGAACUGAAAGAACCGCUGCUGAGGAAGGUCUCAUGGCUUGGACCAGUAGUCCCAUCCCACUUCUUUACCUCAUAUGGAUCGGUUUUCUAUUCAGCUCUGGAGAUGUUGCUGCUUCAGGGAGAUGCAUAGAGAAGGAGAGGAAAGCUCUCCUCAGCAUCAGAACUGGCAUCUCUGAUGCUCAUGAAUGGCUAUCUUCCUGGAAGGGCAAAGACUGCUGCAGCUGGGCGGGAGUUGAAUGCAACGCCGCCACCGGUCACGUGAUAAAGCUCGACCUCCACAAUCCUGGCGGUCCAUCAUCGAACAAAAGCAAGGUGAAUCCCUCUUUGCUCGAGCUGAAGCAUUUGAGCUAUUUGGAUUUACGCUGGAACUAUUUUGAUGGUGCACCCGUUCCUGGCUUCAUUGGAUCUCUCACCGAAUUGGAAUCCUUGAACCUUUCGAGCGCCGGAUUCGGCGGAACAAUCCCCCACCAGCUUGGCAACCUAUCCAACCUGCUCUCUCUAGAACUGAGUGAGAAUACAAUUAGCGGUGGGAUCCCGGAGAGCUUGGGGAGUCUUUCAGAGUUGGUUUCGCUGGGACUAGCUCUGAAUAGCAUCAACGGAGAAAUACCAGCAACACUCGGUGAUCUGAGAAGUCUACAGAUCAUGGACUUGAGUUCUAAUAAUAUCAGCGGAGAGAUGCCAGGAACCAUCGGCAAGCUCAGAAACUUGGAAUUGCUAGACCUCUCCUCUAACAAGAUUCAGGGGGUGAUACCCGAAAGCAUAGGGAACCUCAGCAAAUUGUGGGCUCUACGUCUGCCCAACAACAAAAUCGGUGGAGCAAUGCCGGCGAGUCUUGGGAAUCUAAGUGCAUUGCAGACUUUGGACCUAUCAAACAAUCAGAUUAGCGAACAGAUACCAGAUUCAUUGGGAAACCUCUUUCGCUUAGAAUCCUUGAGUAUGAACGGCAACAAUAUAGGGGGAGCAAUACCAAGCAGCAUGGGAAAUCUAUGCAACUUGAGCAGUUUGGAUGCUUAUGGGAACAGAAUAAGAGGACAGCUUUCUGGUUUCAUCGAAGGCAUGUCAAGAUGCAGAACCAGCGGCAUUCGGUAUCUUGACCUGCAGAACAAUGAGAUCAGUGGUCCUAUUCCCAAUGAGAUAGGGAAACUUCAAAGCUUAACACGUCUUAGCCUUGGUUCGAAUUCAUUGAGUGGUCCGAUUCCUGCAUCCUUGGGGAACUUGUUUGCACUCUCUGAUCUAAAUCUUUCUUCGAACUCCCUGGUAGGGGCACUAUCCGAAGCCAACUUUGCCAAUCUAACAUACUUAGAUAGUUUGGAUCUAUCCCACAACUCGUUGACAGUGAAUGAUACCCAAGAUUGGCUUCCUCCAUUUCAAGCCACUCAGAUCAGAAUGCGCUCUUGCAACUUGGGGCCCAAGUUUCCUCCGUGGCUGCAGAACCAGACUAAGUUGAGUGUUCUUGAUCUAUCCAGCAAUGGGAUAUCAGAUACUUUUCCUGAUUGGUUUUGGAACUUGUGUUUGUCAGACUUAAAUCUCAAUGUUUCUUAUAAUUAUAUGAAAGGAGGUCUGUCGAGCUCGAUAGAGUGUUUCUGGACAGUGAUUGUUGAUUUGAGCCACAAUAACUUGGAAGGUUUCAUUCCUAGGAUGGAUCCCAUGCUUACAUUUUUGGAUCUCUCAGACAAUUUGUUCUCUGGGCCUAUUCCUCCGGCCAUGGCUGCUGGGACUGACUACUUGGCUUUCAUGCUUCUGUCCAAUAACAGACUGAAUGGCACCAUCCCAUCCUCCUUCUGCGAGGCAAAUCAUUUGGAAGUUCUCAACCUCGCCAACAAUGGCUUCUCGGGAGCACUCCCGGACUGUUGGAACGAUUCAUUAGCCUUGAAGAUAAUUGAUGUGUCAGGCAACAAAGUAUCGGGUGGCAUUCCCAAGACAUUGGGUCUUUUACCUCAACUCAAAUCAUUGCACUUGAAUGACAAUGGCCUCUCUGGUAGAAUUCCCUCGAGCUUGCAACACUGCAAGGACCUGGUGACCAUCAAUCUAGGCCAGAAUAGAUUGUCUGGUGCCAUACCCAGAUGGAUUGGGGAGAAGCUCUCGUCGUUGAAGGUACUUCGUCUGCGCUCAAACAUGUUUACUGGUGCCAUUCCGCCGCAACUAUCGCUUGUUGCCUCCCUGCAAGUGCUGGACCUCGCUCGGAACAAUCUUUCUGGUGCGCUGCCUCCAGCUUUUGGCAAUUUUAGUUCCAUGAUAUCGAUACAGAAUGAAACCAAGCCUGUUCUCGGAGAGGAAGGCACUUACUAUACGGAGAAUAUCGUCGUAGAUGCAAAGGGGCUCAAGCUGUACUUCACCACUGUGCUCUCGCUCGUGACGAGCGUAGACCUCUCGGGGAACAAUCUCUCCGGGGAGAUUCCCGAAGAGCUGACGAAGCUUCAUGGCCUCCACUUCCUGAAUCUGUCGGACAAUCGUUUCUCAGGAGACAUGCCACAAAACAUCGGUGCCAUCGGACAACUUGAAUCGCUGGAUCUUUCCAAAAACAAAUUGUCAGGUAGGAUUCCUUCGAGCAUCUCCGCCUUGAAUUUUUUGAGCCACUUGAACUUGUCAUACAACAAUUUUUCUGGAAGAAUACCGUCGGGCAGUCAACUCCGAACCUUCACCGAUCCAUCCAUCUACGCUGGGAAUCCUCAACUUUGCGGACCACCACUUUCGGACAAGUGUCCUGACGAUGCACCGUCGGAGAUCCCCACUGAGGCAAGCCAAGAAGAGGAUGUGGAUGAGGAUGAGAAUGGAAUCAUCUGGGUUUUUAUUGGCUUUGCGCCUGCGUUUGUGCUCGGAUUCUGGGGAUUCAUUGGCACAGUGAUGAUCGAUAGGAGAAGAAGGAUAAGAUACAUCCAAUUUCUUGAUAUGAUCUGUAACUGGUUUACGCAUCGGUAGGACUAAAUCUUCUGAUGCCAAAACCGAGAAUAAAUUUGUGCUACAUGAAAGUGCUUAUACUUCUAUACUUUCAAACCUACCUUUGUAUGUCAUGAAAGUGUCCCUUGUGUCCUCUCGGCGAAGAAGUAUCUCGAGCACCCGAUGUGGCUCGUAGGUAAAAA